CGAGCCCGGAAGCGCCGCCCGGCCGCGCGCGCCGGGACCCCUGUCCCGGGAGCCCCGUCCUGCUCCCGGCCCUUCCCGGCGCCCCUUCCCUGCCCUCAGGAGCAACGGGGAGGACCCUGCGCCGCGGCCCCGGGGCACAGCCGAGGGGCGGGAAUGCAGCCGCCGGAGCCGCAGCCGAGCCCCCAGCGCAGCACGGAGAGGAGGAGGAGUUUUUUGAGACACCACCACCUGAGACUGCAGUGAGUCCUCGCCACUUGAGACAGCGAAAAUGCCAGAAGCCUCAGAAGACCAUAAUCACUGGAAAGCCUGUUGACUUCCAUUCUUUGGUAAUCUGGAACAUCAUCCAUCUGGCAUGGCGCAGGGCAGUCAACAACUUGACGUGCAGGUACUCCAUGAUCUCCGGCAGCGUUUCCCUGAGAUACCUGAAGGGGUGGUAUCUCAGUGCAUGCUUCAGAACAACAACAACCUCGAUGCCUGUUGUCGAGCCCUUGCACAGGAGAGCAACAAAUACCUGUACAUGGAGUACCACAGCCCUGAUGACACCAGAAUGAACAGAAAUAGCCUUUUGCACAUUAAUCUGGGUAUUCAUCCUCAUACCAGCUAUCACGCGGGGGAUGGAGCUCAACUUAAUGGUGGUCGUACACUGGUACACAGCUCAAGCGAUGGACACAUUGACCCUCAGCGCACAGCAGGUAAACAGCUCAUCUGCUUAGUUCAAGAACCACAUUCUGCUCCCGCUGUUGUGGCAGCUUCUCCUAGUUACAAUCCAUUUUUCAUGAAUGACCAGAAUAGAAAUGCAGCUACUCCUCCUCCACAGCCACCUCCACAGCCAUCUUCCAUACAACCAGGAAUGAACACGUCUGCUAUGCAAGGCCCUCCUCCCACGUAUAUGCACAUACCUCGGUACAGUACAAAUCCCAUUACUGUUACAGUAUCACAAAACCUCCCCUCUGGACAGAGCGUACCCAGAGCUCUACAAAUUCUUCCACAGAUUCCAAGCAAUCUUUAUGGGACUCCUGGCUCUAUUUAUAUAAGACAAACAUCUCAAAGUUCUUCAGGACGACAGACUCCUCAGAAUACACAGUGGCAUUCAUCGCCACAGGGCCCAGUUCCACAUUAUACUCCCCGUCCUCUACCUGUAUAUCCACAUCAACAGAACUACCAACCUUCUCAGUAUUCUCCGAAACAGCCCCAAAUCCCUCAGUCGGCUUUUCGAUCGCCACCGGCAUCCCAGUGUCCCUCUCCCUUUGGCUCUCCUCAACACCAAGUUCAGCCUCCUCAGCUGAGUCAUCAGAGUUCACAUGUUUUCAUGCCUCCUAGCCCUUCAACUGUCCCACCCCAUCCGUAUCAGCAAGCAUCCCAGACUUUUCAAAAACAAGGCAGUCACUCUGUGUCGUACCUUCCUCCUUUUGCUGGACCUAGUUUAUCCAAAGGUUCCAUGAAUAAAAUAGAAAUUACAGUUGAGCCACCGCAAAGACCUGGGACUGCAAUGAACAGAAGCCCUUCACCAAUAAGUAAUCAACCAUCUCAACGAAACCAGCACCCACUGUAUGCACCCACUACUCCUCCUUCAAGCUCUCCGUCAAGAGGUAUGUCGGGGCAACCCAAACCUCCAUUUAGUGUUAAUCCAGUAUAUAUUACCUACACUCAACCAACUGGACCUACAGGUGCACCAACACAGUCUCCUCGGGUAAUGGUAUCUCAGCCAAACCCAACCAUUUUUAAAAUCACAGUAGGUCGAGCACCGACUGAGAAUCUUUUAAAUUUAGUGGACCAAGAAGAGCGUUCUGCAGCACCAGAACCUAUUCAGCCUAUUUCUGUAAUCCCAGGAUCUGGAGGAGAAAAAGGAAGCCAUAAAUAUCAGAGAAGUUCUAGUUCUGGAUCGGAUGACUAUGCUUACACUCAAGCCUUGCUGUUACAUCAACGAGCAAGGAUGGAGAGAUUAGCAAAGGAACUGAAGAUUGAAAAAGAAGAGCUUGAACGCCUGAAAACCGAAGUCAAUGGUAUGGAGCACGAUCUAAUGCAGAGGCGGCUUCGAAGAGUGAGCUGUACAACUGCAAUUCCAACACCUGAGGAAAUGACCAGAUUGAGAAGCCUCAACAGACAACUCCAAAUAAAUGUUGACUGUACACUGAAAGAAGUUGAUCUCCUUCAAUCUAGAGGAAACUUUGAUCCGAAAGCUACGUGUAACUUCUAUGAUAACAUAGAGCCUGGUCCCGUUGUGCCACCAAAGCCAUAUAAAAAGGAGCAUCAAAAUAGCUCCAAACAGACUCCACGGACUCAGCCAAGAGAUGAAGACUUUGAAGGGGCUCCAUGGAAUUGUGGUAGCUGCACCUUUCUAAAUCACCCAGCACUGAAUCGCUGUGAACAGUGUGAGAUGCCACGAUACACCUGAAAUUCAGGAAGGGGCUGCACUGGGUUGAAAACAGGCUCUCAAGCCGACAGCUGUAGGAGAAGGAAACAUGGGGAACCUUUCAGUCCAUCUGCCCGGCCUUUGCCAGUCAACAAUCUUUAUAUUGCAAGGGGUGGGAGUAAUGUGUUAAGAUGUUUCUGCUUCUGCUACACUAAAAGAUAAAUAAAUUAAGGGUUAAAUUCUUUUCCAUUGCAGUGAGCGGAGCAGAAAAUGAAACCUGAAAAUGUACAAGGAUUAAUUUUGAGAAGAAUGUAUGCAGGAAAGCAAAUAACUACUGGUGUUUAGUCCUGUGGUUAUAGUUACUGCUUAGUGGCUCUAAAAAAAAAACCAACCCAAAACUACUGUUUUUUUAAAAAAAAUUAUAGGACUCUUAGUAAUGGUGUGAAGUGUUACACUUAACCAGAAAAACUGAAGAGCCAGAGCUGACUUAUCCUGGCCCCAGCUAGCUGGAAAACAAAGGCUCCCUGUGCUUCUAGAUUGUAAACUACUGAAAAAGAAGACAGGUAAAUGCAACGAUAAAAUUUGCAAUGUUUAAACAAACAAACAAACAAAAAAAACAAGGAGAAGGGUAUUUGUAAUUGCUGCUUUUUUUCAGGGUAACUUAUGUCUACAAAAAAUUGCUGUUUGAAAUAGUAACCUGAGGUGACUAAAUGAGAAACCGUAUGAGUGUUACAGAGAGUUUAAUCAGAGGUAAUUUUUUACAAUCCUGUUUGCUUGUACAGUGCUCACCUGGCUGUGUCAACACUGGUAAUAAACCGAGAAUGAAUUCUACCACAUUACAGAUGAAAAUACUGCUGCAUGCUUUCAUUGGGCCGUCGUGUUUCAAAGCUAAAAGUAUGCUUUUAUAUACAACAAUCUUCUAAGCCUGUGCUGUGUAACAGCACGGGGACAUAUGCCAAACACAGGCUACCCCAAAUUCUGUUUGCAAGACUUGAGCUCAGCCAUGGUUGUGUAUGGGAAGAGUUUGUACCUAAGAGUUCCUUAGGCCUUUUCAGCCUCCAAUUUGUGAAGAAUUCAUGAUGUUUACAGCACAGAAGGUACUUUGUGCCCCAGAUCAAAGUUAGCUGAAAAAUAAUUAAUCAGCUCUUCAGUAAAGAUUUAUUUGCACAUUGGUAAUAAACCAGCCUGUACAAAAUAGCAGAUGCCAGAUCCUGAAAAAUUACACACUGCAUUCUCUUUAUUGUGGUCAGGAAAUACUUGUCGUAGGUUGAAGAACACGAGACUUGCAACUGAAAAUCAUAUUGGUACUUUUCUGCAUACGAUAUACUGUAUUAUAAAGGUGAUGUUCAAUCUGUUUGAAUGCUUCAGGUUGCUGUAAUAAAACACUCGAUACUUGUGAACUCGAACUUGGGUUUGGGCAGCUGAAUGACUGUGACAGAACUGUGUGACUGAGUGGGAUGUUCCUGUGUACUGGUCAGAGACUGGUACAGUGCAUUUGAGUUUUUAUGGUGUAACUUCAUCACAAUUCAGACGUGACCAAGCACCUCAGCUGAGUUAUGGUAAUUGACUUUCUGACUGUAAGGCAAAGUUUACCAGCUAAACCUUGCCAGGGCAGUUUUAAAUUACUACCUUUUAAGCUGUUCUUAGUUCAUGGCAGCCACAUCCAUAUGGUCAAUUACCACAGUUCACUUGAUGUGUGAUAACAUGUUAAGCUGUGGUAGAACAAUCAUGUGUCUGAAUCCUUAUUUAAAAUAAAGCAGUAUUUGCCAAGGGGUGGGUGGAGGAAAACUCAUCUUGACUGCAUUGCUCAAUCUGGUGUCUUCUCUCCCCACAGUCUAUAAAAACAACAAUAAGAACCAAACUAUUGAUCUUAGAAGAGGAACCAAUAUUUUAUCUGGCAUUUUUCAAUAUGUUCUUGCACUAAUUAAAUCUUCAGGAUAAUUUUAAAUAAGCUAAGAGAGAUCCAGCAAUCAGUGUGCACCACUGAUGAGCAAAACAAAGUCAAAGGCAUCAGAGAUAGCUUUCUUUCCUUCCUAAUGAUUUAUAAUUCUGUGAGGGGAGCUCAUCACAUGUGGAAAGCAGUAAAAAAAUUACUGUCAAAUGAAAUCAGAAGGCAGAUACCAAUUUUGUGCAUGUCAGUGGGCAGUCUGACAAAACUGAGAUAACUAGAAAACACAUGAGCCAGAAGCAUUGCUAUUAUCAGCUGUAUAAUGAAUUACCCAAAACAAUACCAGUAACUUCAUGACUUUUCUAUCCUGAUGCCUUUGCCUUUGUAUUAUUUCAAUUUUAUGUUCAUUUGUACUUCUGUUGAAGUUCUAGAACCAUUUGUUUUUGCUGGAAUUACAAAAAGAUAGCAACUGAAGUGACAGUCAGCAAAUGAGAGUAGGUGCCUCAAGCAAAAAUAUGGUUGUACCAUUUUCAGACAGAAGAGAUGCUACUUUGAAGGGGGGGGCUGUGAAAAUAUACCUCCAGUCCACUAAUUCCCUAAGCUGCAAUAACCAUAUAUGGAGACUUGCAAAUCUUAGUCCAGCUUCACCAGAGGAAGAGAAGGAAGGGCUGCCACGACAGCAAGAUAUUUUUUGGAAGAGUGAGCAAGCACUGCGAAAUUGAAAAAGAAUUCCUUUGUACCAAUAAUUUUACCCCAGUUUUUCAAUUACUCUCAUUUGUUGCUUGUACAAAAAAAGAAGAAAAAAACCAACACCCACACCUCUCAGUUGUAUUCUUUUACUUGUAAAUGCCCAUGCUCAAACAUGAAUAGUAGACUUUACAUGGUGCUUCAAUAUUGCUGGUUUGUUAGAAUGUAAAUUGUAUUUUGAAUAUGGGAAGAUCCAUUUUCCUUCUGAAAGCAGGUGAUGCCAUUCACAUCCCAACUGAAUUGUAGAUUAUACCAAAAAGAUUGGUUUAUGUAAUAUUUAUUGAAUGCACAUAAAACCCUAAUGUCAGCUGGCAUACAAAAUGCACUGUAUUGUAUACAACCUGUGUGUGUGUGAGAAUGGUGGGAUGCUGAUGCUGUUGUGUUGAGUUAAUGCACUACUUGUGUUUUCUUUUUUCCUUAAUGACUGAGCUUUCCCUCAACCAUGCUACUAGAUUGGUAGAGUUUGUAACUGACUUGGACAUUCAGUUAUUCAAAAUGAUCUCACUGUUCAUUGAAAUUUUAUAAAGCUUAUUUUAUAUUUACUGUGCUAUUAAGAUGAAUUCCCUUUAAUUAUAGGAUACUACUGUAGUUCUUUAAAAGUUGAUUUAGAGUGGGGCUUGUGGAAAACUAUUCAGAACAUAGUAAACCAAAAGAAAUCCUGAACUUUGGAUCUGCUUUUCAUUUGAUGUAAUUAUUAGUCUUGUUUGGGUGAAGAGGAAAGGGGUGGGAAGUCAAGCAAAAGGAAGUACUUUGUAAAAUGUAGUCUUAGAUCAGAUUGAAUUGUGUAUCUGUGUGUCUGUGGUAUGUGUGUGUUUCCCUUGAAAAAUGGGAGGUGUGGUGAAAAGGUGUAAUAAUUCUUAAAAGAGCUGGUCUCAGUACUUUCUGAUUAUGAUAUGCUACUGAAUCACAUUUUUUAAAAAAAAAUCCAACUUUUCUUUCAGUUACUUUUUCUGUCCCAGCUAUACAUCUCUCACUUCAAUUCCUAAAUACUUUUAUUAUUGAUUGUAAAAUCCCUUGAAACGGAAAUAGAAAUACUUGAGUUGAAAUGGGGACAAAAUAAAACCAAUAAAGAAUGUUUUAAAAAGAAUGUGAGAAUAUUAAUAUGUUAAAAACAAGCUUGUCCUCAGGAUGAUAGUUUUUGUUUUAGAAUUCAGUGAUGUACCUUAGAAUGUGAAAAUGACUAUCCUGAUGUGGACAGUUGGACACAAACCAUUCAAGAGCUCGUUUGGUACCACAGAAUUUACGUGCUCUAUACUCCAUGACUCCAAAUCCCACAAGGAAAGAAGGCACAGAUAUCACAUGUUGUAGUCAGUACUGUCUCUAUGUGCUGCUGCAUUUGUUUUCGUUUCAAAAUGUCAAUAUUAUGUGAACCCAGACAUAACUGAAUUUUGCCACAUUUCUUCAGUUGGGCCUUUCAUUGCUGUUCAUGUCCAUAAAUGCAAAUAUUUUUCUCGGAUUUGAAUAAUCAGAAAUCAGUGGCAUUAAUGCAAUAUUAUAAUCCUGGAUUUCCAGUACCUUUGAAACCAAUUUUAAAAAACUGUGUUCUUGAAACUUAUUUAUUUAUGGUGGCACCAGUGUAUCUAAUCCAUACUUCCUGCUGUGUGAAACCCUGUUAAAUUUUUUCAUUAAAGAAAGGAGACACGAUCUUGUUUAAUCCUGUAUAUAUGGUGUCUACAUUCUAGAUUUGUGUAUGCUGUGAAUGAACUUAUUACUAAGAGAUGCAAUUGUAUAAAAGCAUUCAGAGGCUAUGCAUGCAUGGUACCUCCAGAAAGUGCAUACUCCAAGUUGCAGAUUCCUGCAAAAAUAAAUUAAUAAAACUAAGCAAACAUCACAUCCUGCAUUUGUUCUUGUAUGUAGUUGGAAACAUUUAAAAAAUACAGCCAUUUUUGGCAUUCAUA